UUUUACUUUAUAUUAUACCACCUGUUGUGUCGCCAGUUGGCAGUCUGUGUUCACCCAGGAGUCAGACACUGCAGUCUCAGCAUUGCAACUCUAUUCCAUUUUCUGUACAGGAGAUCAGACUUCACACAACUCUGGGAAUCCUUCUUUACUGGAUCAGCCGGAAUUUCACCCGCGGGCUCACAGAUAAAUCUUUAGCUACGGCGCGAGAUACAUCUCUACUUGGAAUGCACGACUUUGGAAGUUAUUUUUAAGAGGUGGACAAUACAGUUUAUGGUUUAAAAAAAGAACACUUUUGAAAGGCAUAAGCAUACAAAUGGAAAGUAAAGCAAAGUCAAUUUACCAGGUUAUUUAAAAUUAAAUGAAACGUACCGUAACAUUUUUUUUUUUGCAUGAAUAUGAUCAUGCUUUCUUUGUUCAAACAUGAUUGACCCUGCCUGUUAUUUAUAUUGCUAAGUAAAUAUUUCGGCGGACAGUUUAUAUGUGUCAAACGUAAAGCUAUCAUCGAGUUUCUACAAGUUGUGCCAAGUUUUUAUAAAGCUGACAGGUGCUUUGCACUAACUUCUCAUCCUGCCUCUGGUGAAGUACGUCCAUCAUUUCUUGGAGAAUUGUUUAGUCUCAGGGUGCCAGCGAAGGUCCCGGUUUCUAUUUCUUUAGCCUUUUGGAUGGGAUAUUAUAGAUACUACCCUGUGAUUAUCUGCUACAAAUGUUGCCAAGCCAGGAUCAAAGUUUUCUUCCUACUGAAGUUAGUGCAUGGUAAAAUUGACUCCGAAACAACAAUUGUGAAGUGCAUAUAGCUGCCGCAACAUUCAUCCAAAUGAUCCCAUCAUUAUUAUUACUCCUAUUAUCUUCACUCCAACAACAUGGAUCAGAAGCUGAAUCCAGCAUCAGCAACAAGUUUCAGCUUUCCAGUAUGAAAGAAGCAAACGGAGUACAAGAUUCACAGCAUGAGAAAAUCAUUACAGUAUCAGGAGAUGGAGUAGUCCACAGUCCAGAGUUCCCGCGUGCUUACCCUCGCAACAAGGUGUUAGUGUGGAGGCUAAUCGCACUGGAUGAAGGCAUGCAAAUACAGCUGACAUUUGAUGAAAGGUUUGGGCUGGAGGACCCAGAGGAUGGCAUAUGCAAGUAUGACUUUGUAGAAAUUGAAGAGCCUGCUGAUGGCACUAUUUUAGGCCGAUGGUGUGGAUCCAAGCCAAUACCUGGAAAACAGGUAUCCAAAGGGAACCAGAUUAGGAUUCACUUUAUAUCUGAUGAAUACUUUCCUUCAGAACCAGGAUUCUGCAUUCACUACUCCCUACUUCCAUUGAACCUUCCUGAACCAGAAGCCCCUUCAGUGCUGCCACCAUCACUGCAGAGUGUGGACUUCCUAAAUGAAGCAGUCUCUGGCUUCAGCACUGUGGAGGAGGUCAUCAAGUACUUGGAUCCUGACAGAUGGCAGCUGGAUAUUGAAGACUUGUAUAAGCCAACAUGGCACGUGCUUGGGAAGUCAUUCAUCCAUCCCAGGAAAUCCAGAGUGGUGGAUUUGAAUCUCCUGAAGGAAGAGGUGAGGUUGUACAGCUGCACCCCACGCAAUUUCUCUGUGUCCCUGAGAGAGGAGCUCAAGCGCACUGACACCAUCUUUUGGCCAAACUGCCUACUGGUCAAGCGAUGUGGAGGAAACUGUGCUUGUUGUGAACACAGCUGCCAUGACUGCCAAUGUGUCCCCACUAAAGUCACAAAAAAAUACCACGAGGUUCUCCAGUUAAGACACAGAAGUGGUGGAAGAGGAUGGCAAAAAUCCAUGACAGAUGUACCCUUGGAACACCACGAGGAAUGCGACUGUGUGUGCAAAGGCAAUUCAGAUGGAUAAAAAUAUCAGACAGUGUGCUUUCCUCAAAGCACUCCUCCAAAAAACAUCUGAGGGUGGUGUUUGUGAGUCUAUCUCAGUGGUCUCUAAUGGAACAUGAUGGAUUAACAGUGAACUGGGGUGUGGUGACCCCAGCUGCCCAGUCUAUAUCAAUCCAGGAUUUAGUACUACAGGAUGAGAGUUGUGUUGCUAUGAGCCUGUACUUUUCUGUAAGGUCCAUAAAAAGGGGAAAGAGAUUGAAAAAAGGCAACUGUUAAUUGUCUCUCCUUUUUCUAUUAUUGAAAGGCUUUUACCAGUUUUCGAAUGCUGUCGAAAAUAGCAAUUGAAAAGAACUCUGAAGAGCUGGACUGUUUUGAAGUUGAGCUGGCAGCACUGGUUUCUGACUCCCUUCAUGCUUUUUCUCUAAAGAAAGCUCAGUUUCUUAAUAUGUGGCUUUAUUGAGUAUUUUGGAAGAAUAUCCUUUUUUGUUUUACUUUCAAAUACUACUGUGUACAUUUAAAAAAAGCCUUUUCAUGUCCUGCCUUCUGCUACUUUGUUGUUGUUUUGUUUUAUUUACAGAACUGGGAAUCAAAGAAUCGUCUAUCAAUUAUUUUAUUGAGCUGGUCCAAUUUUGCCAAGUUUUAUUAUUAUUAUUAUUAUUAUUUUUUAUAUGUUCUAGAUAUGUCUUCGAAUUGCAGCUUCUCCCACAGUUUUGAUGAUUGAUUAACAAAGAAUUGUCCACACUAAAACAGUGAAAAUUACACCAUUGCUCAUUUAGAAACCAUAAGCAUUUUUUUUCUGUAAAGUACAUUUUUAGUGUCUUUUUUUAGAACAACACUUGAUGUCUCAUUUUACAAUCGUAUUCCAUAUUGCUAUGUAUUUUUAUGAAAGGUAUUUAUCACGUCUUGUGUUAUCUUUUCACCUUCAUGUUGGCAGCUGCUUGAGAUGCCCUGGAGUGCCCCUCUUUAUUUCCUGUAGUGCUUAAAAGAACCUGCUAGAUAAUUAUUUUGACAAAUAUCUAAACUCCAUGUUUAGGAGAGUGUUGCAAAAGGAACUAGGGGACAAAAAAAGGAAAUGUGUUUCACCGUGAUCUGCAUCUACAGUAAAUGCUGCCUUAAGAACUGCAGUACCAAGUUUAGGCAUAAAUUUGGGAGAGAUGUUGGCUGGCUGAAUAUGUUGUUUGCCAAUGGACACUUUUUGGGCAGAUUCAGUAGUGACUAGUAUAAGGCAGGGUAUUGUCAUUAUUAUUAUAGAAACUUUGUGUUUUAGCUUCAAGUGAACUUAUGCAAGGUUGACUACAAUGAUGUGUAUGUGGGAUCAAAACAGGACAGACAAUUUAUGGUCCAAUACUACAAUGGCAAGAAUGUUUAUUUCUUUAUUUCAUCCCAUAUCUCUCUGUUGCUUCCAACAUAAAGAUCGAGUUCAAGUAGUGUUUCCCAUCUGCUCAUUGUAAUAAGUGCACUCCGAUGAAUGUUAUUCAUGUAUUAGUAAAAUUCCCAGGGCUCAGAUAACGACCCCACCAGCUUGGUCCAUGUACUGUAGCCUAUACAGAUUUUACACUGUGUGAAGAUCUAAGAAAGGAAAUCAUAGGUACAGCACAGUGUUUUUACAAUGUCUUGGAAUACAUUUGUGGCCAGCUCUUUAAGGGACUCCAAGGUGAUUCCAUUUAAAAGUAGCAGGACAGUCAAUGACAAGGAUAAUAAGCAAUAACACUACUCACAAAUCUUUAACUUAUGAGUUAUUUAAACCUAAAAAAAAAGUCUGGUGUGAAUAAUAAUAAAAACAAUACCAAAAGUGAUAUUAGUGAAACCUUUUCACAAUGGUGGUUUAAGUCAAUCAAUGCUUUAAAUAGCUAAUUAGUUACAGUAAAAUGUUGUGGAGAGGACCCAAUGUGGGAUUUUCAUAUCAACCAUUCACAGGUCAUGAAGCCAAAACCAUUCAUUAUUAAAGGGUUAAAGGAUGGUGAUCACAUGUUACUGAAGGUUUUUUUUUACACUCUACAAGUGUUUUUCAGUUCAUGAUCAACCUUUUGUCCAUUGUGAUUUUCAUUGAUAAGGAAAAGGUUGAUGAAGAGAAUACCAUUAUGUGGCUCAGAUACAUUGCCGAUUGUGAUGUCACCAAUUUGAAUACACUGCAGUUUAAAGGAGUCUGAGGUAGGGAAUUUUAAGCCUCAUGUACAGCAUUUUAAAGCAGGUGAUGUCAAGCGUACUGUUAUUUAGAAUAAAGUCUGAUAGAACACAACGAUGUCAUGAAUGGGGUUUCUUUGUGUUGUGGUUUGCAUGUGCUCUGAUUGGCUGAAAGAUCCUAAGCUGCUUAUAAUGCCUCUUAAAAAGAAACAAUAACCCUAACCAAUUGGUGAAAAAAACUUCAGCUUUUACCACCUUUCCUCAGAAUACUCAAAAAUAAUGUUUUAUUACAAUGAAAAGUGCUGUUAUAAAGUGUACAGUCUAGAACAUUUUGUUUGUCAUUAUUUUAACAGGUUAUAUCAUUUCAAGAUUAAUAAUCUUGCAGAUGGUUAAAGAGGUGCCUUUUAAAUAAUGUAUAAAGCUGUGUUAUAAUUGAUUACAUCAUAUCUUCUACAUAGAUACACUGAGUAUACUGCUUAUAGUUAUACAAAAUACUCCUGCAGUGCUUUAAGUACAGUAUAUUAUAUGGUUGUAUCAUCACAAGUUACCAUCCCAAUAAAAAUAUGCAACAGGUAGGUUGUUUUCAGUUUAUCUACUGAAUCAUUAAAUACUAUCAUCUAUAGCUAAUCUUUUUUUUUUUUUUUUUUUUUGAUUUCCACGUAUAUCUUUCCAAGUGUGAGUGAUGCAGCAUAAUAAAAUAGAACAAUCUCCUUUGCCUAUAAUAUUUCAAAGAUUUAACUGAAAAACUGAAGAAAGCAUGCCAGGUCACAAGUAGCACAUCAUUAAAACCCAUGUUUGUGUACAUUGUGUUCAAAACUGUGUUUAUUCCCAUGAAAGGCUUAAUAAAAUGCUUUGUUUUGAACAUAUAGAAAGUGUCUACCCUUUAUUCCUGUAAUCUGUUAAUUAAAAUAUUUGACAUAAUUUAAAGAAAAUUGCUACAACUGUUUAAAUAAUGUACCUGUAAUUUGUCUUUUCAUUGUUAACAUCCAAACAACUUAUUUACACUUAUAACUAAAGUCUGUUUCAAAGCUCUUUUCAAAAUGGCCCCUCUAGUGCACUGGGGUUUGAGACCAGAUCUCAUGUCUAAAUCACUGUAGGAAGAGCAAUUAAAAAAAAAAAACACAAAAAAUAACAAGUGCUCUGGCUUUUCUCUUCCGUACCACAUCAUGGAUCAUAAAGUUAUAGGUGUAAAAAGUUGUCAGGAUGUUAACUGAAAAAAAUACAGGUACUGUAUGUUAUUUAAACACUUGUAGUAAUACGUGGGGGCGUGUGACACUAUAUUUUUUCAGAACCCCGCUACUUACUCUUUAAGGUACAUGACCAUUAAAUAAAUUGUUCAGAGAAAUAUGUUAGCCUGCUCUUUUUUUUAAAGAUGGUUUGCAUUCUUAGACUUUUUUUGUACUAUUUGAAUGUAUAUAACGGUUAUUUGGUUUGUAUUUGUAUUGUUAUGUGUUUUUGUAUUAACAAGGAUUUUGUAGAAAGUUCAGCUUAUUAAAAAUACAUUUUCAUUUUGUU